UCAGUCCCAGGGUCAGAGCCCGAACGCGGAUGCCCAGCAGCUCUCAGCCUUACAGCCAAGAGGGGUUGUUGCUAUGGGAAUGGAGAGGGGGCUUGCAGGCAGCAUCUGGCGCCUGUGUCUUUCCCUGUCCGAAGCAGCUGGAUUUGGAGGGAAGCAAAACUAAAAGGAGGUGGCAGAGAGAGACAGAGACACAGCAAAAUGCAUGCAUGUUAGAGGAGGGACCUUCCCAGAAUGAGAGUACAGUGGGAUACAGAAGAGCGGGGACACCAAACUGUCAGGCAGCGGUGGCUCGGCUGGGUAGRAUAAACCUGAUUUUUCUGCUGUUUGACACUGGAAACAAGUCCGGUGAGAGCCCAGCUGUAGCAAGAUGGGAUCUGCCUCCUCGACUUACCGGCCCAAAUGUAUUUAUUUGGAUAUUGAUGGAAGAAUUCAAAAGGUGAUCUUUAGUAAAUACUGCAACUCCAAAGAUAUUAUGGACCUUUUYUGCAUUGCAACAGGGCUACCGAGGAACACAACCAUCUCCCUUUUGACAGCAGACAAUUGCAUGGUGUCCAUUGAUCCCACUAUGCCUACAAACACAGAGAGGUCUCCAUACAAAGUGAUACCUGUUGUGACUGAGCAGCUCUCAGAGAAAGAAGAAUUGUUCCAGAAUUUAUUGGGACAGAUUGCUGAGCAGUUCUCAAGGGUUUUUAAAAUCAAUGAGCUGAAAACGGAAGUAGCUAAUCACUUGGCAAUGCUGGAGAAAAAGGUUGAAUUGGAAGGGCUGAAAGUGGUGGAGAUUGAGAAAUGCAAGCGCGACAUUAAAAAGAUGAGGGAGGAAAUGGCAGCAAGAAGCAGCAGGACUAACUGUCCCUGCAAGUACAGCUUUUUGGAUGAGAACAAGAGGCCAGCUCCCCGGCGGGAUGUGCCAUCCUACCCAAAGUACAUGCUGUCCCAGGAGACCAUCGAGGCGCUGCGGAAACCAACCUUCGACGUCUGGCUGUGGGAGCCCAACGAGAUGCUGAGCUGUUUGGAGCACAUGUACCACGACCUGGGGCUGGUAAAAGACUUCAACAUCAACCCUAUCACGCUGAAGAGGUGGUUGCUGUGCAUUCAYGACAAUUACAGAAACAACCCCUUCCACAAUUUCCGGCACUGCUUCUGCGUGACCCAGAUGAUGUACAGCAUGAUCUCGCUCUGCAGCCUCCAGGAGAAAUUUUCCCAAAUUGACAUUUUGAUUCUCAUGACGGCAGCGGURUGCCAUGACUUGGACCAUCCAGGCUAUAACAAUACCUACCAGAUCAACGCGCGCACGGAGCUGGCCGUGCGCUACAACGACAUCUCCCCGCUGGAGAACCACCACUGCGCCGUGGCCUUCCAGAUCAUCUCCCAGCCCGAGUUCAACAUCUUCUCCAACGUGGACCAGGACCAGUUCAAACAGAUCAGACAGGGGAUAAUUACAUUAAUCCUGGCUACAGACAUGGCGAGACACGCAGAAAUACUGGACUCUUUCAAGGAAAAAAUGGAAAAUUUUGAUUACACAAAUGAAGAACACAUGACCUGUCUGAAGAUGGUACUGAUAAAAUGCUGUGACAUCUCCAACGAAGUCCGCCCGAUGGAAGUGGCKGAGCCCUGGGUGGAUUGCUUACUGGAGGAGUAUUUUAUGCAGAGCGACCGAGAAAAAUCCGAGGGGCUGCCGGUGGCGCCRUUCAUGGACCGCGACAAAGUGACCAAACCCACGGCGCAGAUCGGGUUCCUCAAGUUUGUCCUCAUCCCCAUGUUCGAAACAGUGACCAAGCUGUUCCCAGAAGUGGAGGARGUGAUGCUGCAGCCUCUGUGGGAAUCCAGGGACCACUACGAGGGGUUAAAACAGAUAGAUGACGCUAUGAAAGAGCUGCAGAAACAGAAAAGUGAAGGUUUGACAACGAGCAGCACUGAAAAGUGAGAGGAAACAACCUUUGAACAAAAAAAACCACGAGCCCUGGGCCACUCUGGUUUUGAGAAAUUCUGUGUUUGCCGAGCAGACGUGAUGUCUACAUCCAAAUCCAAGUGGGACCAUACAGGGAGAGGUGGCAGGGAUGGAUCCACAGCCUGCAGAGGCUGCUGCUGCUGCUGGACACCACAGGCUGCCCAGACUCUG